UUUUCCACCCAGCAGGAUGGGUGAUGCUGAGAGCUGCCUGCUCAGACAACAGACACGCGAGGUCAGGAAGAAGCCGCUUAUAAAUUACCGCUUCCUCCGCGCUGCCGCCAGCGCCGAACUCCGAGCCCUGGCCGCAGCCCCGCUCGUUUGCCAGCUCCGAGCCCCGAGGGCCGCGAGCCCGGAGACCGAGCCGCGCCGAGGAGUGCGGAGCGCGGACCCCGGGGGCCAGAGACCGAGCCGGCGGGCAGUCUCCGGAGAGGGGAACCAAGCGCAGCCGAGUGCAGCGGCCGCCCCAGGUCCAGAACAACAGCCCUUUCUGAGGAGGCUCCAAAACGGCUCUCUGAGUGCCUGUGCGGCAAGCGGGUCUGGGGGCCCAGAGGGCAGAGCCAGGACUCUCAAGGGAAGCGGACCGUGGCACCUAGUGGGGAAGACCUCUCCAGCCCCAGCUGCCUGUGUGUGUAGAAGCUGGCCACCUGCCCCGUCCGCCUGGCUGGAACUUGCCAGUGCCUUACAGCCUGAGCUCCAAGGAGAGCCUGAAAGGGCGGAACCAACCCUUCUUGAAAGUGAGGAGGAGAUGGCCACCAAAGAGAAGCUGCAGUGUUUGAAAGACUUCCACAAGGACAUCCUGAAGCCAUCCCCGGGAAAGAGCCCAGGCACCAGGCCUGAGGACGAGGCUGAGGGGAAGCCCCCACAGAGGGAGAAGUGGUCCAGCAAGAUCGACUUUGUGCUUUCCGUGGCUGGCGGCUUUGUUGGUUUGGGCAAUGUCUGGCGUUUCCCAUACCUCUGCUACAAAAAUGGUGGAGGUGCAUUUCUCAUACCGUAUUUUAUUUUCCUGUUUGGGGGCGGCUUGCCUGUGUUUUUCCUGGAGGUAAUCAUAGGCCAGUACACCUCUGAAGGGGGCAUCACCUGCUGGGAAAAGAUCUGCCCUUUGUUCUCUGGCAUCGGGUAUGCCUCCAUCGUGAUCGUGUCCCUCCUGAAUGUAUACUACAUCAUCAUCCUGGCCUGGGCCACAUACUACUUGUUCCAGUCCUUCCAGUCGGAGCUGCCCUGGGCGCACUGCAACCACAGCUGGAACACACCACAGUGCAUGGAGGACACCAUGCGCAAGAACAAGAGCAUGUGGAUCACCCUCAGCGCCCACAACUUUACCUCCCCUGUCACCGAGUUCUGGGAGCGCAACGUGCUAAGCUUGUCCUCUGGAAUUGACGACCCGGGCUCUCUGAAGUGGGACCUUGCUCUCUGCCUUCUCUUCGUCUGGCUGAUCUGUUUCUUCUGCAUCUGGAAGGGCGUCAAGUCCACGGGGAAAGUUGUCUACUUCACAGCCACUUUCCCAUUUGCUAUGCUUCUGGUGCUUCUGGUCCGUGGACUGACGCUGCCUGGUGCAGGCGCAGGCAUCAAGUUCUACCUGUACCCUGACAUCAGCCGCCUCGAGGACCCACAGGUGUGGAUCGAUGCUGGGACCCAGAUAUUCUUCUCCUAUGCCAUCUGUCUGGGGGCCAUGACCUCGCUGGGGAGCUACAACAAGUACAAGUACAAUUCCUACAGGGACUGUAUGCUGCUGGGAUGCCUGAACAGUGGUACCAGUUUUGUGUCUGGCUUCGCAAUUUUUUCCAUCCUGGGCUUCAUGGCACAAGAGCAAGGGGUGGACAUUGCUGAUGUGGCUGAGUCAGGACCUGGCCUGGCCUUUAUUGCCUACCCAAAAGCUGUGACGAUGAUGCCACUGCCCACGUUUUGGUCCAUUCUUUUUUUUAUUAUGCUUCUCUUGCUUGGACUGGAUAGCCAGUUUGUUGAAGUUGAAGGACAGAUCACGUCCUUGGUUGACCUCUACCCGUCCUUCCUAAGGAAGGGUUUCCGUCGGGAAAUCUUCAUCGCCUUCAUGUGUAGCAUCAGCUACCUGCUGGGGCUGACGAUGGUGACGGAGGGUGGCAUGUAUGUGUUUCAACUCUUUGACUACUAUGCAGCUAGUGGUGUAUGCCUUUUGUGGGUUGCAUUCUUUGAAUGUUUUGUUAUUGCCUGGAUAUAUGGCAGUGAUAACUUUUAUGAUGGCAUUGAGGACAUGAUCGGCUAUCGGCCUGGGCCCUGGAUGAAGUACAGCUGGGCCGUGGUCACUCCAGUUCUCUGUGUUGGAUGUUUUAUCUUUUCUCUCGUCAAGUACAUACCCCUGACCUACAACAAAGUCUACUUGUACCCCACCUGGGCCAUUGGGCUGGGCUGGAGCCUGGCUCUGUCCUCCAUGGUGUGUGUCCCCCUAGUCAUGGUCAUCCGCCUCUGCCAGACAGAAGGGCCGUUCCUCAUGGCAACCAGCUGGGAGGACCGACCUGCCCCUGCCCGGAAGUGCUGUGGGGAUUCUCAUGGGGCCCAGCCUCUGGCCUCCCUCCGUCCAGAGGUGCCACUCAGACACCAGCAGUGGUCCACAGCCGUCAGCAGGGAGGGCUGUGUACCUGCAGGGAAAUGGGGGAGACCCGUCUGCAAGGAGGAAGGAAAUGCAGCUUGGGGGCAGCUGAGGAGUUGGAGUUUCCUCCUCCGCAAGAGACUCAAGUACCUGCUGACCCCGAGGGAGCCCAACCGCUGGGCCGUGGAGCGCGAGGGGGCUACGCCGUCCAGCUCCCGCGUCACCGCGAACGGCGUGCUCCUGAAGCCCACCCACAUCGUCGUGGAGACCAUGAUGUGAGCCCGCCCGGCCGCAGGGGCUGCCUGCCUGCUGUUUACUAACCUUAGAUUCUCAUAGGACCAGGUUUACAGAGCUUUACAUUUGCACUAGGAUUUUUUUUUUAAUUGUCACAGAAAAUGUUACUCUGUGUGUGUGUGUGUGUGUGUGUGUGUGUGUGUGUGUGUGUGUGUGUGUGUGUGUGUACGGUAUUGUGCAUAUGUGUACUUUGUUCUGAUUUGGGGAUAUUUUGUACAAAAACCAAAACCCAUGGGCAGAUGUCCGGGGUGAGGCAGAGCUUUCAUACUGAAUUAGAUGUAUUUUAUGGGAACUUGGUAAAUUUUUCUUCGUAUUUUUUUUUACAUAAUAACUAUAUAUACAUUUAGAGAUUGUCAAACACUUUUACCACUUGAAUUGACCUUGCCAGCAAUAGAUCUCGUUUUCAAAAGCAAUUCUUCGGUGCUUGUGUAGCUGGCAGAAAGUUCUGCCCGAGAAAAUGCAAGGUGGAAUUUUCCUGGGACGGCAGACCCAUGUUGAAGGUGUAGUACCUUCCAACCUGGCUCAAGGAGAAGCAAACGGCAGGAAGAGGGGCCCGCCGCCGGCCAGACCCCGCGGGGCUGGAGGAGGAGGGCUGGGAGCAGACGCCUCCUUGCGCGGGUCUCGGCCACGAGGAGAGGUGCCUGAGUCAUGACCCAGCCUCAGAUCACGGCGCGGACUGAGCAGGAGGACGCCCCGCAGCAGCAUCUGAUGCUGAGAGCCGGGAAACUCUCGCACAAAGAGCAGAGUCCCACCUUUCAUUCUGAGAUGGGGGCGGGUGGUGAGAGGGACCCUCGGCGUCUGGCAGAGCCACUCACCCACGAGGAGCGGGGGCGCCCCAGGGGGCUGGUAGGGACAGGCUCCGGGUCUUCACAGUCCUUCCUGGGGUGUCCCAGGAGGAGGCCUGACCCGGCCCAGCAGGGGCUGGGAUCUCAGGGCUGCCACCUCACCGGGUGGGUCUGCUGCACCCUAAUGGGGUCCCGUCAGGUCCUGGGGCUCCCCAGCUGGCAGCUUGGAGCUGCCUGUGGGAGGGAAGCAUGGCGUAUUUUGUGAAGGCUGAGGGGUGAGACCUGGGGUUGGGGCCUUUCUUCCCUCUUCUCUCCACCCUCAUCCCCCGGAGGCUGGGAAACCCCCGCAGGCUCUGGUGGGACACCCCAGACCCCCCAGCCCUCGCCGCCCUCGCGUUUUGCCGGAAGUGCUAAGAGCGUCUUUGGAGGUUCGCAGAGGGUUUGUUCUGGGGGAAGUGCCCCUAGGUCGCUCCUCCCCGCUGGGGCGCAAGUGCAGCCCUCGGUGCUGACCUGGGUCGUCAAUCUCCACUGCACGGCCGGCCGCUGCAGUGGCUGGUGUCGGAUGUGUGGGGACAGGGAGAGCAGAGGGAGCGUGCUCGAAGGCUAGGGGCGCUCGGGGGCUCGGACACCCCCGAGCGGCCUGACCGAGAGCCUGGUGCGGGACAGUGUUCCUCUCUGAGCCAGGGGAAGGUACUCCCCCUUUACAAUCCUGAGUGCGGACAAGCCUCCGCCCCAGCCCCAUCUCGACCGAAACUGUGCCACGUAAACAGUCACUUCCAAGUUCAGAAUCUUCAGAAUCUAAACGGAAACAUCAUCACGUACAAACCAGAGCGACAGCCUUGGGGGGCCUGGCGGGUGCCAGCCAGCUCGGUCAGAGCAGCGGCCCUGCGUCCCGGAUCCCGCCCCAGGCUCAGGACAGGAGGAGCCUCUGGGGUCCCCGCCCAGGGGGCAGAGGCAGUUGCCUCUGGCAAGCGCUCACAUUCACUGUUUCCAAAGCAUAUUCUCUGCCAAACAACACCCAACCCUAUUCCAAACCGUUAACGAUUAUAAUGUGUUCCUGUUUUUCUAUGUAUUUAUGGUUUCCACUGUGUCUGAUUUGAUUUUAUUGUUGAGUUUUUUUUUCUAAUUGUACUGAGUAGCAGUGUGACCUGUUUUCCUUUGUCAUGGAACUUUAUUUAGUAAACUAACCACUGUCAAUGACUGGGAACAGGUGCUGUGUGGGGAUGAGGGGGGCUUGGCAAGCUGUAGCUCCCUGGGCAUUUGUGGUCAUUUCAGGCUACAGCAUCUUCCCUCCAGGGAUGCAGACCCCUGCUGAAGGCUAUAGUAUUUCAGGGUUGGCCGGAAAAUUAUGACAUUCUGGAAAUGGCCUGAGAAAGGCCUCUCACUCUAAAAUUCGCAGACCAAAUUCUAGACCAAAGACACAUGUAGACCAAGUCCCCAGGCCCCACCUGGAGGGAAGGUCAGCCACUUUCCCCAAGCCCAUUCCUCCAGUCUCCCAGGGCACCUGUCUCCAGUCAAGCCUUCUUGUCCAGUCCUAGCUCACGUGUAUCCGUAGAACUUGGCUCUAUGAGUACAAUGUGUAAUGACGUGCAGCUUUUACCUAUGUCUCCACAUAAAGGAAACUGUCAUUGGAGCCCAUGGCUCUGGUCCACCUGUCCAGAGAACAGUCCUCCACCUGCUCUGCUUCUGGGGUGGGUCGGAAAUUCUGAUGCCGCAUGUAGUCCAGGCAGCCAGCUAUGGAAGGGAUGGAUGCAAGGGAGAUGUCAACAGAAUUUUUUAUGUUGCAAAAAUGAGUGAGGGCCCCAGGAGAGAUCUCACCCAGGGAAAUGCUUCACUCAGCUGAGCACAGACCAUGUUAGUCCCUGCAGCCGAGAAUCCUGCAUGGUCAGAGAUGGUGAGGCCUCCAGGACCUCACUGUAAAGUGGGGACACUGAGGCCUGGAACCAGACUGUCUGGAGUCCGUUCAGGUGGCAGGUUCUCCAAGGCACAUGUGGUGAGUGGUGAGUGCAGCUCCCUGGGGUUCUCCCUGAAGACCAAAGAUGACCCUUUACAAGAAGGAAACACUUCGUCCCCAGCAUUCAGGGACAAGGUGAGCAGCACCCCCCACCUUCUGACCAUCCUUGGGCCAACUGGACCCCAGGCUGUAGCUUGGUGGGACAGGUGACUGGCCUCUGGUAGGAGAGGCAGCACCGUUCAUCAUGGCCCUGCACUGGCAGCCCUCUAAGAGCCAGGCAUUGAGGUCCCUACUGCAUGUGAGGAAACGGGCCUAACAAAGCCAGGUGUAUGCAAGAGGUAGAAUCCUUAUGGCAGGAUUUAGCCUGAGGUCCUGUGGAAAAUUCCCAGGCUGCAGGAAGUGGCCUUGGAUGAUUUGGGGACAAUACAGAGCCCCAUUUCUGUACCUCUGUUCUGUUCCCUUGUUCUCACCCCAGAUCCCCUGCACACCCCCAGCCAUGGUGGUGAUGAGGUGGUUGACCCCACUCAUCCUAGCACAGGGUGUUCUUGUCACCUAGCUGCCCCCACACAGUGGUCAGUGGCCCAGCCAGCAUCUCCCAGCACUGCCCCUCUGGAUGGCAAAAGGCCCUGGGCAGCCUGUGCUGAAGGCAGAGGCACCUUCUCCCCAAGCCUCAGACACAGGCCAGGAAAAAAUACUUGAGAAAAACCAUCUCAAGGUUGCUAGAGGUCCCAUCCAGCCCCAGACUCAGUAUCAGGCGGAUGUCCACAUGGAUGCUGUGAAUACCACUGUGCAAAAAUCCAACAAGCACAAAACAAAAAAGCAAACAAAAACCCAGAUAUCAAAACUUGGAGAGGGGUAUGGGCAACACAGAGCCAGGGAACAGCAUUUCUUUGCCCACCUCCCUCCCUCAAUACCUGGCCCUCAGAUUGCAUCUUGUUUUAAUAGGAAGCUGUUUUCAUUGUUCUCUUGUGGGUGUCACUACAGACAUGUUCUGAACACGUUCCCCAAGGGAGGGAGCAUCUUUUUAUAUAUUUGGCUUCAAAUUGAGAUGUUGGCUCCAUUUUUUUUUUACCCAAUUAAUUUUCAAAUCCCUAGCAACUGACUGUAUUUAGCACAGGAGAAAGCUGAGAACGUGGGUCUUGCCUCCUUCCAGAAAUAUGUCUGGCUCAUCAGGACAUUUUUUUAAAACUUCAAAAUAUUUUUAAGAUAUUUUAAACUUUUGUAAAAAAAAAAAAAACCAACAAGAGACUCUUCUGAGGAGGGACAUUUGUAUUUGAAUAAGAUCCUUGGUGUGUAAUUCAGUCUUGCAGUAUACAAGCUUUUGUGUAUAAAUGUUUUAUUAUAUGAAUCCCUGUAUUUUGUGGGGUUUUUCUUUUCCUCUUUUGCUUUUUAGAUAAAUAUGUAUAUCGAUAUUUUAAAUUCAUCUUUGCUUUUUUUUAGAGUUUGUAAUCACCUUAUAACAUGAAAAUAAACAUUUCCUUUUUGAAAUCCA